UGGAAGCUCGUUGGCAGACUUAUUUCUCCCCAGGCCGGACAGCGACUUGAUGGCUCAGGUUCCAGAAGCUUCCUUGUUGUCCGGCUCCGUGCCUCCCGGGAGCUCGGGAGAGGGAGGAGGAGCCUCGUCCGAGGAGGCGGUGGAGAAGGCGGGGAAAAUGGAGGAGGAGGAGGAGACGGCGGCCGUGGACCCCGGGGACGCGUGCGGCGGCCGGGGAGCAGAGGACAUGAAGCUGGACACACUGGGGGAACACGUGCCCGCAGCUAAGGAGAACUUCACGUGGAGCUGCCCAGGCGGCGAGGAGAAGGUGCUCCCUUCAACCCACCCUUACCGUUACAGCACCUCCUCGCUCGCUGGUCCACGCCGCAAGCCCCGCCCCCGGCCCCCGCCCCGGGUCCGCUCCCGAGGCCUAGCGGGGCUCCCGGCCCCACCCCCGCCUGCACCCGGGCCCCUGCAGCCGUCCCCAGCCCCGCCUCCACCGCGGUCCCGGGCUUGGCGUGGCUCCAGGCUCAGAGCCCGACCUGUACCCCGACCCCAGACGCGGAAAAGCUGCUCUGUUGACAUGGCGGGUUGUAGGGAGCGAGGUGGCUUGGGGGAUUGGUUGCUGGAGGUCGAAUUGGAUCAGGGUCCCACAGGCUGCUGUCAUGUGGAGAGUUAUAAAGCAGCCAAGAACUGGCAGAAGAACCUGCGCCUGAUCUACCAGCGUUUCGUUUGGAGUGGGACACCAGAAACUAGGAAACGUAAGGCAAAGUCGUGCAUCUGUCACGUAUGUAGUACUCAUAUGAACAGACUACACUCUUGUCUCUCUUGUGCCUUUUUCGGCUGCUUUACUGAGAAACACAUUCAUAAACAUGCAGAAACGAAACAGCACAAUUUAGCCGUAGACCUUCAUUAUGGAGUUAUAUACUGCUUUAUGUGUAAGGAUUAUGUGUAUGACAGAGACAUAGAACAGAUUGCCAAAGAAACGAAAGACAAAGUUUUGAAAUUACUAAGUUCCACCUCAACCGAUAGUUCUCAUCAACAGUUUAUGACAUCAGGGCUUGAAGAGAAGCAGUUAACCUGUCAGUCAAAGCAACAGGACUCCAAACUGGUAAAACCCAAGAAAAAGAGGAGAAGAAAGUCAGUUUAUACUGUCGGGUUGAGAGGGCUAAUCAAUCUUGGAAACACCUGCUUUAUGAAUUGUAUUAUCCAAGCACUUACCCAUAUUCCUCUACUGAAAGAUUUUUUUCUCUCGAAUAAGCACAAAUGUAUAAUGACAAGCCCCAGCUUGUGUUUGGUCUGUGAAAUGUCUUCGCUGUUUCAUGCUAUGUACUCUGGCAGUAGAACUCCCCACAUUCCCUAUAAGUUACUGCACCUGAUAUGGAUUCACGCAGAGCAUCUAGCAGGCUAUAGGCAGCAGGAUGCCCACGAGUUCCUUAUUGCAAUAUUAGAUGUGCUGCAUAGGCACAGCAAAGAUGAUAGCGUUGGGCAGGAAUCUAGUAACCCCAACUGCUGUAACUGCAUCAUAGACCAAAUCUUUACAGGAGGCUUGCAGUCUGAUGUCACCUGUCAAGCCUGCCAUAGUGUCUCCACCACCAUUGACCCAUGCUGGGACAUCAGUUUAGACUUGCCUGGCUCUUGUGCCACAUUCAGUCCCCAGAAUGCAGACAUGGCUGACAGCACAGUUAGCAGCUCUGACCGUGUACCAGGAAUCCCUUCACUCACAGACUGCCUCCAGUGGUUUACAAGGCCAGAGGAUCUGGGCAGCAGUGCCAAAAUCAAAUGCAGUAAUUGCCAAAGCUACCAGGAAUCUACCAAACAGCUCACAGUGAAGAAAUUACCUUUAGUGGCCUGUUUUCAUCUCAAGAGGUUUGAGCAUGUAGGCAAACAGAGGCGAAAGAUUAAUACCUUUAUCUCCUUUCCCUUGGAGCUGGACAUGACUCCAUUUCUGGCCUCUACUAAAGAGAGUAGAAUAAAAGAGGGCCAGCCACCAACAGAGUGUGUAUCCAAUGAGAAUAAGUAUUCCUUGUUUGCAGUGAUUAAUCACCAUGGAACUUUGGAAAGUGGCCACUAUACUAGCUUUAUCCGUCAACAAAAGGACCAAUGGUUCAGCUGUGAUGAUGCCAUCAUCACCAAGGCUACCAUUGAGGACUUACUCUACAGUGAAGGGUAUUUACUCUUCUAUCACAAACAGGGUCUGGAGAAAGAGGAGUCUUACCAGACCUCUUAACAGAAAAAAAAAAAAAAAAGAAAUGAUUAGUCAAUGAUUGUGAAGUGGCGUGUAAACCUACCUGGAAUGGACAAUGAUAAUAAUCUGUAUGACAGCUAGGACUUUGAUGUAAAGAACCUAGUUUAUUGUUACCCAUGGGUUUAUGGAGGAAAAAGAGUGCUAACUGUUGAUCAUUUUAGGGUAAAAAAAAAAAAAUGAAUACUAAGUAGUGACCGUUGAGUCUUAAGAAAGGGGAGUGUAUAAAGAGGUUGAAGAUGGUCACUUGAAGCACAGUUAGAUGAAAAUGGGAAUGGGUGUGUUCUGACACUACUAAAUGUCAUUAGCUUUUGCAGAAAUGUUGCGGGAAGUCAGGGAGGUACUACAUCAGCAAAAAGCGUCACAAUUG